AUGGAAGUGGUAAAGACGGAUGAUGACAGAGCGAGGGAGAUUGUCCUCAAAUAUGAUCCCAAAUGUGCACAAGGCGAUGAUUAUAGGCGCAAAAUGAUCUUCCAACGUUGCCGGAGUGAAAUCGAUGAAUAUCUCUGGGCUGUGGACUACAUAAUUCAGCAGUUCAUGCAAAGCGGGAGCUUGGAAGCUGGAACUGUUCGGCGGCAGCUCUUGGACGAGUUCGAAACCAUUCUCAAUCAUGUUCUCAGCACCAAACAAACCGUUUCAGAAAAUCCCAGUACAUAUUCUUGCACCACUCGUAGCUAUUCUCUUGGUUUCUGCUUCGAAAAUGAUCCCACAAGCUCUGUCCUGGAUGAUCUCCGGUCCAUUGCGCGGCGGCUGAGGUCGAUGGGGUGCCUCCGGGACUGCCAGGAAAUCUACAGCGCCAUUCGCGAGACGUUUUUCGAUGCCACUUUAACGCGAUUCGGUAUUGCGAAGUUGAGCGCGGGUGAUGUGCAGAAAAUGGUGUGGCAAGAAUUGGACAGGACGAUCGGGCUCUGGGUUGGAGCAGCUCCCUUCCAUGUUCAUCUCAUUACCAUGGAAAUCCACGCCUGCCAAUCAAUCUUUAAAGUCGAGAACGCCCCAUUUCUGAUGCAGAUUGUAAGGGCUUACGUAAAUCCGUUCCUGGAUUUUGUCUCGGCAGUGGCGCGUGGUCGCCGUUCGUCGGAACGCCUGUUCGGGAUGCUGGAUUUGCACGGCUGUUUAACGUUAAUGUUGCCCCCUUUAGAGCUACUAAAGUUGCCGGGAGCUGAGGCUUUGGUAAAGCAGGCGAAACAGAUAUUGUCAGCUUUGGAAGAGGCGGCCAGGGAGACAUUUUUGAGGUUCGAGAGAGCUGUGGUGGGGGACUUGUCGUGUGUGGACAACGUGAGAGAGGGUGUUCAUCAUCUCACAACCUACGUAAUGGACUACCUGACAAGAAUCGUGUCGGGGUACGGGAAAUGCGAGUGGAUCGUGGCGAGGAACAUCGACGACAUCCUCUGGAUCGGCGACACUUUCAGCGGCAAAACGCCGCAUAAUGUUCAUGACUGCUGUGACCAGCCGCCGCUAGCCUCGCAUAUCAAACUGGUGAUUGCUAAUCUGCUGUGCAACUUGCGGGGCAAGACUAAAGAACAGGAAUUGGAUGAUGGGUUUGCCUGUUUUUUCAUGAUGGUUAACCUCAACCAUGUUGUUCAGAAGUUAAAGGAAUCUGAGUUAGUAAAAGUUGUCGGGGAGGACUUCAAAUCUUGUCUGGAAAAUGCUCUCCAAUCCACGGUCUUUGCCCACCUGAGCUCAACCUGGGAUAGAGUUCUGAAGGGUUUGGAGCAGGGAUUAGUCCCCAAGAAAAUAAAACUUCUGGGGAUGUCGAUUUCGGGUCCUUGUAGGAGGAAGGGAAUCCUUAAAGAUUUUAAUGUUGCCUUUGAGAGGAUCCAGCAAACGCAGUGUCGGUGGGUUGUGCGUGAUUGGGAGCUCAGGGAAGGGCUUCGUCAAUGUAUUUUGAAGAGAUUGGUUCCAGCUUAUGAUUCCUUUCUUCACCAACUUUCCCAGUGCAGAUCCUCCAGAAAGGCCACAAAGUUGAUCAAAUACUCUGUUGAGGAUUUGGAGAAUGCAGUCUGCUGUCAACUCUUCGAGGGCCGCCCCCCAUCACCCUUUCGAUCAAAAUGA